AGGCUGUAGAAAGCUUGCAUGCCAUACAGAAUGGUCAACGCGUGAUAACACUCAGCCGGCAGGAAGUGACCGACUGCUGCGGGGAAGACUUUCAUCCCAAGUACCAGGGCUACAAAUGUGUAGCUCUCAUUGGUGGACUGUGUUCGGCCUUGACCUACACGCCUUCUGUUGGCGGUUGUGACAACAAGACAUGUCUGGCCGUUGGCAAG